GGAGUAUUAAAAAAGUAGCAAUCUUUUUAGCAUGAUGGUUUCUUCCAUAUCAGAGGUACAGAAAAUUUUAAUUGUACUUGCAUUCAAUUUUUCUCCCAACGAAAUAGCUAAGUUUGAAUUUGUCCGGUUAAGGGUGGUUUUUUUCGAUUUAAUAAAAAUCAGAGGGUGAUAAAGCAAUUCUGGCUUUAUAUUCGUUUUCAGCGGGCCAAAAUACUAUAGAAAUAUCUAGUUCAAGAAACAGACAACUUUUUUUUGUGUGCCGGUAUUAUAUUUAAAAAUAAAUAAUAUUAAAAAAAUCUUAUUUAAUAACUAAAAAUAUGAAUUUUUUUUAAUGUGCAAUAACUUGAAGCUAUUAUUCAAUUACAAAAAGAUAAGUUUCUUUGUCAAAGACUUUUGUUAUGUGUAAAUCAAAAUGUAAACAUAACCUAAAAAUUAAAAAUGACUGAUUACGGCCCUAACUUUUUGCACGUGAUUCAACUGUCAAUCUGUUUGCUUCUCAAGUGGGAAUAGCUUAUAGACGACAAAGGGUUAAAGUAGAGUGGUGCCUGUAUAGACCCCAGUGUGUCAGCUAACCUGAUUUUGUCGAAAAAAUUUUUAAUAUUUUUUUCGUUCAAUAUGGAUCAUCGAGUUCAAAAUAAGACAACCUACAAUUUUGCAAAGUCGGACCACAAGCGAAAAAUAAUUGAUCAAGGAAGAAUAUGAAAGUAUAAUGUAUAGUUUGACAAUGGCACAGGAAAAUGCAAUUGAAAUUCAAUCUUUUGGCUAUAUUAAUGGGAAAGAAGUAAAGAAAUUUACAUUAAAAAACAGAAAUAACCAGGAGAUAGAUGUGAUAAAUUAUGGAGCAACAAUAAUAAGUAUCAGAACUCCUGAUAAGUAUAAUCAGCUGGCGGAUAUUGUCCUUGGUUAUGAUAAUCUAGAAGGUUAUUUGAGAAGUGAUAAUCCCUAUUUUGGAGCAACUGUUGGUAGAGUUGCGAAUCGAAUUGGAAAAGCUAGUUUCACAUUAGACGGUGUGAAAUAUAAUUUAGCGAAAAAUAGAGGUGAAAAUACUCUUCAUGGAGGAUUUCGCGGAUGGAACUCAAAAAUAUGGGAAGCUUUCGCAAGUAAUGAUUCUGUUGUAAUGACUCUUUUAAGUGAAGAUGGAGAUGAGGGAUUUCCCGGUGCUGUUAUUGCUUCCGUAACAUUCAAAUUAAAUCAUGAUGGACAAUUUAACAUAGAAAUGAAAGCAUUUACUACCAAAUCUACUCCCAUUAAUCUAACAAAUCACAGCUACUUUAAUCUUGCUGGACAUGGCACAAAUGCCGAAGAAAUUUACAAACAUCAAAUUCAAUUGAAUGCAGAUCGGUGGACAGUAACGGAUUCGGAAAGUAUUCCAACGGGAGAAUUAAGACCAGUUGAUAACACAUUAAUGGAUCUUAGAAAUCCAACAUUUUUGGGUAAUGUUAUCAAUAAAGUUGCAGGAGGUGGUUAUGAUUAUAAUUUCUGUUUACCGGAUUCAGACAAAACUAAAACAAAAUUCGUUGCUAAAGUUGUUCAUCCGGAUUCCGGAAGAUAUAUGGUUGUAUACAGCGAUCAACUUGGAGUACAAUUCUACACGUCAAAUUUUUUUCCCGAAAGAAAUACAUCAGCAAUUUUAGGAAAAGAAGGAAAACCAUAUUUUAAACAUGCUGCUUUCUGUUUGGAAACACAAAAUUAUCCAGAUGCAAUAAAUCAUAAUAAUUUCCCAGAUAGUGUUUUGCGGCCAGAUAACGUUUAUAAUCACAUUGUGAUAUAUAAAUUUGGUGUUCAAAAAUAAACUAUUCUAUACAUUUGGAUAUCUAUUAUAUUAAUAUGUAACAGUAAUUUUUGAAAAUCUUGAAAAUAUAACUUUAAUUAACUACUGUUAAAGACUAUAAAUUUUGUUUAAUUUUCGACAAAUUAUUUUUUAACAAGUUUGAAAUGUGUACCUAUAAAAAAUCUAAGAAGACUUUUAUAGGAAUGUCGAAUUUUCGUAUUCAUAGUAUUACUUUUGAAAAAUUGUUAAAAAUAUAAUUUUAUCUUUAAAUAAAUAAAAAUUAAAAGAA